AUGACCUACUGCAAUGGCUACACCCACGUCUGCAUAAACGGGGUAAGAUUAUUUGUGAUGGUUCUCUCUGUAAGCGAAUCGGCUAUACCAAUACGUCAUCACGUGAUCCAUGGAGUUCAUCAUGGGAUGAAUGCUACAUCAGGAUAUGGUAACGACACAUGUUUUGUGUCAGACGACUCGGAAAUUCCAGAGGCAUUCAGUAAACUAGUUGAAGACGUAAAGCGUUUGCGCAAACAUACUUCACCCAUUUCAGUGGCUUCAGGCACACCCUGUAACAAUUAUCAAGGCUAUUGUGACGUUUUCCACAGAUGUAGAGGGGUGGAUAACGAGAAACCUCUAGAGCAACUGAAAAAUUUGAUCUUUGGAGAAGAAACUCUCACUACAAUUAAAAACUGGAUCAUUGAAUACUGGUGGGGUGUGAUGCUAAUUGUGGUCGGGAUUGUGAUCGUGAUGGGCGUCUUCAUCAAAGUUUGCUCCGUAAACACACCAAGUAAAGACCCAAAACUAAAGACAUUUAGAAAAAAAAGAAUAAAAAGGAAAGAGGGCCGGUGAAAAAUCCUGGACCGUAUUACAUAGGAGGAAAAAACAAAGGAAAAGAGAAUGGACGAAGAGAAAUGGGAAACAACAGACGAAAUAUGGAAAUGGGGAAUGUCUAGAUUAGAUCAGUACAUUAUGAAGACCUGAACAGUUAAAGAAGUCAACAAUGCAUACCUGGCUCAAAAAUCACAAACUAAGAACAAAUUUCAUCCGAAAAUUGAAAUCAAUUUACAUUUUGAAAAAAAAAUAUAAUGAAGCAGAAUUUUCUACAUGCUUGUAAAAUUUGUAUAUAACACAUACUCGCGAAUUCUGUGG